ACAGUAUGAUUUGAAACAGUCAACAUGGACUUUUCACGUCUACACACGUACACUCCUCCCCAAUGUCUGCCAGAGAACACUGGCUAUACAUACGCACUCAGUUCAAGUUAUUCUUCAUCUGCUUUGGAUUUUGAGACUGAGAACAAAAUAGAUCCAGUGUUUGACUCCCCAAGGAUGUCACGGCGUAGUUUACGGUUAGCUGCUGCAGGAUAUGGUAAAGCAGAUGAUGGACAAGGUGAUUCCCUUCAUGACAGCUCUUAUGCUGGAAACAUGUCCUUCAGAGAUCAAUCUUCUAAGAUGGUAAAGCAGCGCAAAAGUAUAAACAAACAGUCUGGCAGUGUAAGACACACACCAAGGAAAAGUCUCUCCAGCUCAUCUAUGUUUAGCCAAAGCAGUUUCAAUAGCCAUGCCAGUGAUGCAUCGAUGGUAUCCACUGUACUGGAUGAGUCUCUGAUUCGAGAGCAGACACAAGUUGAUCAUUUCUGGGGUCUCGAUGAAGAAUGUGACCCUAAAGGUAGUGACACUACACUGCUGCAGGGAAAUGGUGACAUAGCAACAGCUGAGACACAGACCACCAUGAACGGCUACACCUGCAGUGACUGCAGCAUGCUGUCUGAGAGGAAGGAGGUCCUCACAGCAUACUCAGCCUCUCCCGUGCCAUCCUCCAGGAUUUACACUAGGGACAGGAGCCAGAAACGUGCAGCUAGAGGAGCCUAUUUCUACAUGAGUAAGAUCCUACGAUCGGUCAAACAUACUGCAGCAUCUUUUGCAUCACUAUUAGUGCAACUCUUUCAAAUGGUUUUGCUGAAGUUGGGUUAUGAACAUAAAGCUCACUCAGACUACUGUGGAAGCAUGAAUGUAAAGGAGUUCUACAGAGAAGAUAGUCAUCUCGGGGUCAGUGAGGAAUCCAUAUGUGAUGACUGUAAGGGGAAGAAACAUCUUGAAAUGUACACCACAGACCACAUGCAAUCCUCAUGGGCUAAAAGUGUAGCAAGGACCAUUUGGCACACCUUUUCUUCUGCAGGUUACUUUGUACUUCACGUCUUGAGAACAGUGGGAGCAACGUGCUGGCUUGUGUCUCAGAAGGUGUUGUCCCUACUUUGGCUGACCAUUCUUUCUCCAGGGAGGGCAGCUUCUGGCAUGUUCAGGUUGCUUAGAGCUGGGUGGUAUCAACUUGUUACUCUGAUGUCUAUGCUCAAGGUGUUUCUUUUAAGAAGAUGCCUUCCAAAGAACUACAGGGCGUUACUGUUUCUUAUCCCACUCCUGUUUCUAUUAGGUAUAUGGUUCUGGGGGUUUGAUGGCUUUGUUUCAUUAUUACCUCCAUUGAAUUGGACAAGAGUUGACAGAAUACAGAGGAUUGAUGAUGCUGUUCAUGUUCCUGAACGACAGGAUGAGUCUUUCCAUUCUGUGCAACCUCCAAAGGAUACCAUAAACAUCUUUGAUUUUGGUCGUGUAACUGAGCUGGAAAAGCAAAUGGCCUUCGUGUCUGACAGAUGUCACCACCGGAAUGAGGAAUACAACAAAGUGAUGCUUCUGCUCCAUAACCUUCAAGAUCAGGUUGCCCAGAUGAGUGACAACAGUGAAACAGUGAAGUUAAUAAAAACUGUGACGAGUCAAUAUAUUAAAGACAUGAAAUUGGAGGAAAGGCCUGACUUCCUGGCUUUGCAUCAAGAGCAUGAGCAGCGUAUCCUGACACUGGAAGACCUGCUUGGAAAGCUCUCUGCUGAAUCCAAGGACAUCCAGAAGGAGCUUGACCUAGCCAAAACAAAAACAGUGAGAGAUGAUGCUCAACACAGUCAACUUAUGUCCAAAAUUAAAAGUCUGGAGCUGGAGUUGGCUCAGAUGAAGUCAGAGCUGUUGUCUGGGGCAAGUGUGAAGACGAGUUGUGAGAAAAUCGAUGUCAUUCAUGAUAAAGUAGAUGCUCAGGUCAGGGAAUCUGUCAAGCUAAUGCUUUUUGGUGACCAUCAAGAAGACCUUCCUGAAUCACUUCUCCAGUGGCUUACAUCCAAUUUUGUGAGCAAAAGUGAUCUGCAGACUUUGCUGCAGGAUCUGGAGUUGCAGAUCCUCAAGAACAUUACUCUGCAUAUGUCUGUUACCAACCAAAAAGUAACAUCUGAAGUGGUCACCAGUGCCGUGAGUAACGCAGGGAUCUCCGGCAUCACAGAGGCGCAAGCACAGAUUAUUGUAAACAAUGCACUGAAACUCUACUCUCAAGACAAGACUGGUAUGGUGGAUUUUGCCUUGGAGUCUGGAGGUGGCAGCAUUCUGAGCACUCGCUGCUCUGAAACCUAUGAGACCAAGACAGCAUUAAUUAGCCUCUUUGGAAUUCCUCUGUGGUACUUCUCUCAGUCUCCCAGAGUGGUGAUUCAGCCGGACAUGUACCCAGGAAACUGCUGGGCCUUCAAAGGAUCCCAGGGCUAUCUUGUAGUUAGACUUUCCAUGAAGAUCUAUCCAACUGCCUUUACAGUGGAACACAUACCAAAAACACUUUCACCCACAGGAAAUAUCACCAGUGCUCCUAGGAAUUUUUCAGUCUAUGGUCUGGAGGAUGAGUAUCAAGAAGAAGGCAAGCUUCUAGGGGAGUAUGUCUAUGAUCAGGAAGGAGAACCACUGCAGAUGUUUCCAGUGAUGGAGAAAAGUGAAGAUUCAUUCCAGAUAGUGGAACUGAGGAUUUUCUCCAACUGGGGCCAUCCAGAGUACACCUGCCUUUAUCGGUUCAGAGUGCAUGGGAGACCUGCAGAGUAAUCCACACUACACCUGGGGCUGCUUUGCUGUACAUUUUGUUCCUCAUUUGUAUAUACCAGGAAGCCUAGGACACUGCAAUCCGUACAGGAGGAGGAUGCAGGCUAUCCACUGCAGAACUCUUGCUCCUCUGAUGAAGACAGAAGACUGUCAGCAGAACUGUAUAAACCCCAAUUUUUAUUUGCUCUAAUGCUCAGCUUGUAAUUGCCAGUUUGCUUCCUAUUUUUUUGUGUCCAUGCUGAGAGACAUAACUGCAUGCAAAUGGCUCUGGUUCAUAAAGCCCAGUUGGCAAACAGGUGACACAUAUUUUAUUACAAAUGAAUGUAUAGGUUUUUUUAAAAAGAAUAAAACCACACUUUCUGCAA